AACAAACUUCUCGUAGCGGUCGACUCCUCUUUACUUCCUGAAUGUCAGAUCACCAUCCUGCUCUCAUGUACUAUCUUUGUCUCAACCUACAACAUUGUACACAAUCAUCAUGGCGACGCAGGAUGGAAGUGAAGAAGUCAUAAUGGAGACUGAGGCAAAGCCAAAAGAAGCCGAAGCACCAGGUGAGGAUGCUGAAAAAGGUGACACAGAAGCUACAGUUCACACAGAUGCAGGAGACUCCACAACUCAGGACUCUAGUAUUAGCAACGGGGACGACGCAGAUGACGACCUGGAGAAAGUGGACUUGAAGAUUAUCUGGAACAAGAAUAAAUAUGAUCUGAAAAUUCCUGUCGAUAACACCGGAGCGCAGCUAAAAGAGAGGAUCCACUCACUCACUGGUCUUCCACCUGCAAUGCAGAAAGUGAUGUACAAAGGGUUGCUUCCAGAGGACAAGACUCUACGUGAAAUAAAGAUUACAAAUGGUGCAAAAAUAAUGGUGGUAGGAUCUACAAUAAAUGAUGUAUUAGCGGUGAAUACACCCAAAGAGGUUGUUCAGCAGGAAGUUAAAGCCGAAGAAAACAAGAAAGAGCCUUUAUGCAGGCAAAAGCAACACAGGAAAGUUUUGGACAAAGGUAAACCAGAUGACAUAAUGACGUCUAUUAAAGGAACAAAGGAACGAUUACCUACAGUGCCUUUAUCCGGAAUGUUUAACAAGUCCGGAGGAAAAGUUAGACUCACAUUCAAACUGGAGCAGGAUCAGCUGUGGAUCGGAACAAAGGAGAGAACGGAGAAAGUCCCAAUGGGCUCCAUUAAAAACGUAGUGUCUGAACCCAUCGAAGACCAUGACGACUAUCACAUGAUGGCUUUCCAGUUGGGUCCAACAGAAGCGUCUCAAUACUGGGUCUACUGGGUGCCUGCACAGUUUGUCGAUGCAAUCAAAGACACAGUCCUUGGAAAAUGGCAGUAUUUCUAAUGUGCCUCUUUUUUUGAACUGGGAUUGCGAGGAGGAGCCCAUGAAAACAGUCAACAGCAAGGCUUAAGGAACUUCUUGGAAUACAUUCGAAGGAAACGGACGGAUGCCUGUGGACUAAUCAUAUUGUUUUUAGGUUAAAAGUGCACUAUGUGGCAGCAUAACAUUUCUCAGCCCUGUUGAUCAUUCAAGGUUUUCAGCAAAUCCAAGGGAAAAUGAUGAAACAAUUGUACAGAAAUUGCUAACACUUUUCUUCAGUUAUUCUUAAAGAAAUAAAACUUAUUUAAUGAAAUGAA